AUUCUAGCGCCACACUCAGGUUUGCUCAAAAUUGCAUUCUCUUCACUCAAUUCUUCCACCAUGGCCCGUUUGGCUAACUUCAAUGGAGUCUCUGAAACUCUGCCAGGGAUUCAAAGUUUUCCGAGCCUCCAAAGGGCCAAAAAGAGAGUAGAAAUAGUUGGCUUUCUAGGCAAGAAGAAGGAUGAUUCUCAAGAACACACCCUGAAAACAACAAGAAGGCUAGCACUAGGCCUUGCCUCCAUUGCACUUGUUGGGAAAACUUGCAAUGGCGUAUCUUUCGCUGAAGACAAUGGUUUUUGGAUAGAUGGCCGUAUUCCUCUUCCUUCUGUCGAUAACAAAAUUGCAAAUGAGAACACGGGCACUCGUUCUUUUCUGAAGAAGAGAAUCUUCAUGGCUAAUAUAGGGCUCAAAGGAAGAAUGUAUAGGCUAAGGAAAUAUGCCUUUGAUCUCCUUGCUAUGGAAGAUUUGAUUGGGAAAGACACAUUGAACUAUGUUCAAAAGUUUAUUAAGAUCAAGUCAACAUUCAUGUAUUAUGAUUUCGAUAAGGUAAUCACUGCAGCACCAUUUGAUGACAAGCAGCCUCUCUUAGAUUUGGCUAACAGAUUGUUUGACAGUGUGGAGAAGCUUGAUGCUGCUGUUAAGCAGCGAAAUAUACUACAGACAGAAGCAACUUAUAAAGACACAAAGGUUAUUCUCCAAGAGGUCAUGGCCCGAAUGGCAUAGACGUGUAAAAAUAUGUUUUUGGCUACAAGAGCAGAGUUUGAUUUAUUAUCUAAAUGGGGUUUUUUAUAAAAACUCAUUUCAUACAUAUUAACCCUUUGUUUCUUUUUAGUCUUACUCUAUAUAAUAUUAUCUUCUCUUCA